UUCUGCAGACUGCAAAAAAGUUGAUGGUUGAUUUUCUUUUUGUUUGUUAGCGAAAUAUCAAGGCGGCGUUUUUUACGCAAAUUAAAAAUCACAAAUUUGGCCCGAAAAAAUUAUUAAAAAUUAUAUUUAAAUAAAAUCCUUGCACAAACAAUCAAAAUGUCUGACAACGAUGAUGAUUUUAUGUGCGAAGAUGAUGAAGAUUAUGGAUUGGAAUAUUCCGAGGAUAGCAACUCAGAACCUGAUGUAGAUCUUGAGAAUCAAUAUUAUAAUAGCAAAGCUUUAAAAGAAGAUGAACCAAAAGCUGCUUUGGCAUCGUUUCAAAAAGUUCUAGAUCUCGAGAAUGGUGAAAAAGGUGAAUGGGGUUUUAAGGCGCUCAAACAAAUGAUUAAGAUUAAUUUUAAAUUGAACAAUUAUGAGGAAAUGAUGGUGCGCUACAAGCAACUCCUUACGUACAUUAAAAGUGCCGUCACCCGCAACCAUUCGGAGAAAUCGAUCAACUCAAUCCUCGACUAUAUAUCCACAUCAAAAAAUAUGGAACUUCUUCAAAAUUUCUACGAGACAACAUUGGAUGCUUUGAAAGAUGCAAAAAAUGAUCGCCUGUGGUUCAAGACAAACACUAAACUGGGAAAACUCUACUUUGAUCGCAAUGAAUUUGGUAAAUUACAAAAAAUCCUCAAACAACUUCAUCAAUCUUGUCAGACGGAUGAUGGUGAAGAUGAUCUAAAGAAAGGUACCCAACUACUUGAGAUUUAUGCUUUGGAAAUUCAAAUGUACACCGUGCAAAAGAAUAACAAGAAACUUAAAGCUCUCUACGAACAAUCUUUGCACAUCAAAUCGGCCAUACCGCAUCCAUUGAUUAUGGGAGUAAUUCGAGAAUGCGGCGGCAAGAUGCAUUUGCGAGAGGGUGAAUUCGAAAAGGCGCACACAGAUUUCUUUGAGGCAUUCAAAAAUUAUGAUGAAUCCGGUUCGCCCAGAAGGACUACCUGUCUCAAAUAUCUUGUCUUGGCUAAUAUGUUAAUGAAAUCGGGAAUAAAUCCAUUCGACUCACAAGAAGCUAAACCUUAUAAAAAUGAUCCUGAAAUUCUAGCAAUGACUAAUUUGGUUGUUUCGUAUCAAAAUAACGACAUUAAUGAAUUUGAAUCCAUUCUUAGAAUCAAUCGCAAUAAUAUUAUGGCUGAUCCAUUUAUUCGAGAGCAUAUUGAAGAUCUUCUGCGCAACAUACGAACACAGGUGCUGAUUAAAUUGAUUCGACCAUACAAAAAUAUUGCAAUACCAUUUAUUGCCAAUGCUCUAAAUAUUGAACCAGCUGAAGUGGAAAGUUUAUUGGUAUCAUGUAUUUUGGAUAAUACAAUUCAAGGUAGAAUCGAUCAAGUUAAUCAGGUACUUCAAUUAGAUAAGGAGAACAGUUGUGCAGCCCGCUAUAAUGCCAAGGAUAAAUGGUCGAAUCAAAUUCAAUCUUUGCAAUUGGCUGUCAUUAAUAAAAUGGCUUAAAGCUAUACAUGCUAUACAUUUUAUAUAAAAAAAGAAAUAUUAAUGCAAAAAUUUAGCUUUUAUGCUAUUUCAUACGAUCCAUAAAAUAAUUUGAAUCCUACCAACAAAAUUUUAAAUUUUAUUUGAAUAUUGAAACAUGAGAUUGAUAACUUAAAUAAAAUAAAAUCAGAAGAGAUAUUGGAA